UAUGAGAAUAAGUGGCUUGAAAGUUUCAUACUGAAAACACAUAAUGAGUCUUGCAGCGUGACGCUGGUGGUGGCGUACAUCAUGACUGUGAAUAGUCUGGGGUGGAAGGAGGCUCUGGCAGCGGUGCGGGUGGCCAGAUCCUGUGCAUCACCCAAUAAGGGCUUCCAGACCCAGCUGCAGGAGUUUGAGACCACCCAACUACAGCAGUUCAGGGAGUGGCUUAAGGAAGAAUAUAAAGAAAACCCUUUCAAUGAUGAGGAGGAUAUCUGUGUCCUGCUUGCACAGAUACCCAGCACCUCAACACUGGAGAAUGAUUUACAGGACAGGAUGGUGGACUCCUGAAAGAUCUUGACUACUCAUUCACCGGACUGGGAAGGAGAAUUCAAGUCAACAAGCCAUUCCUCAAAGACCUGUGUUCAUGACUGUUUUCUCAAUUCAGAAACACUG